AUGUCAAAACGUCUAAAAUGUGAUGAUGAAAAUUCCAAUACAGAUUGUCAAAUGUCUGUUGAUGAGAAAAUUUUGUCGUCAGAUAUAAAUAAUCGUAUUCAAGCAACAACAAUACCACCUUCAUACCCUUAUCAUACAAGUGUAUGUGGUUCAUUACUAUAUACAGCACCAACUAAUACGCCUUCAGAUAUUUUCUCAUAUCUUCGUCAUGGUAAUUUUGAUGCAUUUCGACGUUCACUUGAUAUUUAUCAUAAUGAUAUUAUUCAAAUGAAGAAUGAUCAUGGACAGACAGUACAUCAUGUAUUAGUUAUUCAUGCAUAUCCAUAUGUAUGGAUACGUUUAUUAAUGAUGCGUGGAUGUGAUACAUGUGCUCAAGAUAUGGAUGGAUAUACAGCUGCUCAUUAUGCUGUUGAACGUGAUGAUGUUGAAAUGUUAAAAGCGUUAACACUUCGCUUUCAUUCUCAAGCUAAACCAAUACCUGAAGAACGUAUAACAGCAAUACAUCAACAAUGUUUAAAUGCAUUAUCAUUAAAAAAUAAACAAGGUUUAACUGUAUUCAUGUUAGCUUGUCAUCAUGAAUCAGUAAAAUGUUUAAAUUAUUUAAUUGAACUUAAUAUAAACGAUAGUAAUUUAGAGGAUAAAUUUGGUGAUACUUGUUUACAUUAUGCAGUUGCACGUCGUAAUGAAACUCUUGUAGAAAAAUUAAUAAAUACAUGUAAAGCUAAUGUUAAUGGUGGUAAUGGAAUGAGGCCAAGUAUACUUGAUGUUUUACAAUAUAAUCGUGAACAACAAAAACCAUUUGAUCGUAACAAAGAUGAUCAAAUUGAACAAUUCAUUUUAUCACACAAUGCAAAAAAUCGUUGUACUAUUCGACGUAUUACUAAUAAAAGAAAAGGAUCUAUUGAUAAUGAUGAAUCAAUUAUAUCAAAUUUAGCUUGUAUAUCACUUGAUUUAACAACUAAUGGACAAAUUGAAACAGCUCGUAGUCAUGCACGAAUGGCUGCAACAUUACAAGCUAAAGGCGAUUUGGAUGGUGCUCAAGAAAGUUAUAAACAAGCAAUGACAUGUGCACCAGAUAAUACAAUUGAUUGGGCAACAUAUGCAUUUCAUGUUGCUAUUGUACAUAUGGUUCAUGGUGAACGACAAUCAGCGCUUGACUUAUUACAAAAAGCACUUCAUAUUAGACAACAUAUAGAAAAACAAAGUCAAGAAAUUGAUCAAAUUCAACGAGCUAUUAAUAAUAUUCAACAACAGACACCUUGA